AUGUUCUUGUGCAAUGUCUGCGAGGCUAUUCCUUGGGACAACCUCCCUCCGACGCCGACUGAAGAAAUUCUUAUUGUCAGCAGCGACAAUGCUUAUCUUCAAGAAUUUUGGGAGUGGCCCCGGGACUGUAUAGGGUACUCCCAUUACCAAAGCCUUGAAGCAUUGAACUCAUCGGCUAAAGACCUUGGCUGCGGGCUUUGUCGCCUGAUCUACAAGCAAGUGGAGCUUUGCCGACUGAAGCUGGAAGAGCUCCAGUCGAGGCGUGAAGACUCUGAGUUCAAACACGCUUGGCCUCUGUGGGAGUUCUGGAUAACGAAGCGACCGGAUGGGGAUGGGAUUUGGGUUUUGAGCUACACAGAUAGCGAUAAAGAAGGGCUAGUAAGAUUGUUAGCUGCGAUUGGGAUAAGUGUCCGAGAUGAAGAUCCCCUUUCCUCGGUGAUCACUGGUAGACCAGUUGAACACGAUGGAGAAUCACCCACUGCAAUAUCCAGAGCUAUUGGAUGGACCGAUGAAUGCAACAGACAUGUAGCCUGCUGUCCCCAUAAUACGCUAUUGCCAUCUAGAGUCAUUGAUGUGGGUGACAACAGGAGCAGUCCCUACGUAAGACUGUGGGAAACCGGCGGUAUUGAGACUGGCGCUUAUAUUGCUUUGAGUUACUGCUGGGGAAAGUCUCCUCAGUACACCACCACAAAGUCCACACUCGACUACCGAAAGCGUCAGAUUCCUAUCUCCGACUUGCCACAAAUGCACCAGGAUGCCAUCAAGUUAACUCGGGAGUUCGGCAUCAGAUACCUGUGGAUAGACAGCAUGUGUAUCUGCCAGGACGACUACGAUGACUGGGAACGAGAGUCAGCCCGCAUGCUAUCUGUCUACGCCAAUGCAUAUUUGACUAUCAAUGCCUCCAACGGCAAAGAUAGUUCUGUUGGUCUUUUUGCCAAGGUAUCAACCAGAGAAUACUUCGAAUUUGAGCAAACCUACCAAGGCGUAAGCGGCCACGCACUUGCAUGCGCAGUUCCCUUCGAGGAAGCCAUGCAGCAUGUUUAUAUACAAUUAAAAGACGAUCCAGUUUCUCAUCGAGGCUGGACUCUACAGGAACGUGUCUUAUCUCGUCGAACAUUAUUCUACAGCGGUGGUCAAAUGAUGUUUGAAUGCAAUCAUGGCUUUCGGAAGGAGGAUGGUUGGGCCAUAGAUGAACGAUUCCCAAGCAUCAGCUCUCGACCACAGACGGGAUCCAAUGGUCAAACUAAAGAUAAAGAUCUCAGCGUUUCUACUAGCGAGCUGCUAAGGUCGUGGUACCAGCUACUCGCGACAUACGGAGGGCGAAAACUCACAAAAGCUUCUGAUAAGCUACCUGCUGUAUCUGGCCUUGCCAGUAUCAUGUCAGAGCGGCUCAAUGAUGAGUAUGUCGCAGGACACUGGCGUUCGUUACUUAUUACGGAGCUUCCUUGGCAGCCUGGAGACUGUAAAAGAGUUCCGGAGUACAGAGCGCCGUCUUGGUCGUGGGCUUCAGUGGAUGGAGGUAUCGGUAUCCGGCUCAAAGGUAGUGGAUAUUCUCCCUUGGCCGAAGUUCUUGACGUCAAGAUCAAAUUGAAGGGAACCAAUCCUUAUGGGGAGGUCACUGAGGGGAGGCUACUUAUUCAAGGGCCGAUGCAGCGUCUUUAUCUUUCCACCGAUGGCUGGGAUCCCGAUCGACCACGACUCAGUUCUGAAGGCAGCCCAGUGUUAUGCACUACAAGUGCUAACCUGGAGACAAGGCCUCAGUAUGACUUUGAUGCAUUUGCCGACGACCGCCCCCAACAAGAACGAAGAUUUGUGAAAGGUUUAAAUGGACUUGAGCUCUAUGCUCUCAUUCUGUUAAGUUGUAGUCAUGGCGAGGACCACUAUAUAGCUUUGAUGAUUGUGAGGGAACCAGGGAGUGAUGAAUACAGGAGAGUGGGAAUUCUGACCUUGACUGAUGAAACACUGGGAUGGAAACCUGGCGAGCAGCCAAAGGAUGAGCGUCCUUUCAUCACCCUCAUAUAA